AUGAUCCCGGUGCCGCCCCCGGUGCCGCCCCCGGUGCCGCCCCCGGUGCCGCCCCCGGUGCCGCCCCCGGUGCCGCCCCCGGUGCCGCCCCCGGUGCCGCCCCCGGUGCCGCCCCCGGUGCCGCCCCCGGUGCCGCCGAGGCAGGGCGGGGACCGGGUCUCGCCGCGGCCGCCGAGGUCGGGGUCCGGCCGAGCGCCUCCGAGCCCGGAAGGCACAGACUGCCUGCCUGGAGCCUCAGCUGGAGCAGCCUCUGGCUGGGGAGCUGCUGCCCCCUGCCCUCUGCUUCCCCCCAGGUACUUCCUGCUGGCUCGCACCCACCCGGACCCCAAGGCUCCUGCAGGCAAAGCCUUCACUGGCUUCAUUGUGGAGGCCAACAGCCCUGGCAUCCAGGUUGGCAGGAAGGAGCUGAACAUGGGCCAGCGCUGCUCGGACACCAGGGGCAUUGUCUUUGAGGAUGUGAGAGUGCCCCAGGAGAACGUCCUGAGAGCAGAGGGAGCAGGCUUCAAAAUCGCCAUGGGAGCCUUCGACAAGACCAGGCCGCCGGUGGCAGCCGGGGCCGUGGGCUUGGCUCGGAGGGCGCUGGACGAAGCCACCAAAUAUGCUCUGGAGAGGAAAACCUUCGGGAAGCUGCUGGUGGAGCACCAGGCAGUGUCCUUCCUGCUGGCUGAGAUGGCCAUGAAGGUGGAGCUGGCUCGCUUGGGCUACCAGAGAGCUGCCUGGGAGGUGGACGCCGGCCGCAGGAACACCUUCCAGGCCUCCAUCGCCAAGGCCUUCGCCGGCGACGUGGCCAACCAGGUGGCUGCAGAUGCAGUGCAGAUCUUUGGGGGCAACGGCUUCAACACUGAGUACCCUGUGGAGAAGCUGAUGAGAGAUGCCAAAAUCUACCAGGGAGCAGCAGCUGGCAGUGCAGAGCUGAAGCUGUGUGCCCAGGAGCUGCCCUGCUGAGCUGCUGGACCUUGGCACGGGACCUGGGAGGCUCAGGUUGCUUCCACUCCAGCCCUGCUGUGGACUUCUGCUCUGCCUUCCCUGGGGGAAGAGUUCAGCUCUGCCCUGUUCUUGUCUCACCUGCAGGGCUAUGUCCAGCUCUGGAGCCCUCAGCACAGGAGGGACCUGGAGCUGCUGGAGAGGGUCUAGAAGACGCCCCCAAGAGGAUCAGAGGCUGA